GAAGAUAAAUGGGUCAGUACUAGGCUGCGAACUUAAACAUACCAUUGUGCUGUCAUCUGACUGCUGCACUGUGAGUAUAUCACAAUCUGCACAGAUCUAGACAUUAUCAGUCCCUGCUGAAAUCCCAGAGUUCCACUCAGCAGUCUACUCCCUGCGACUCUACCAAUGGAUGAAAGGCUGCUCACUGAAAAUCUCUGUUACUUCUUCUGGGACCUACAUAACCAGAAGGGUGAUCUCCAAGACAUAGACAGCAUCACAGAGCCACCACUGAUUGUCCAGCACAUAGUGCUUGUGGGGUCCAUUCUAAUCUGUGCAAUAGGUCUAAUAGGCAAUGCUAUGGUUAUCUAUCUUACUGGAUUUAUCAUGAAAUCCCAUAAAUGCAAAAUCUGGUUUCUGAACUUGGCCUUAGCUGAUUUUAUAUUUCUCCUGUGCAUGUCACUUGAAAUUGUUGCUGACUUUAAAGGGAACUGGAUCUUUGGCCUGGCUCUUUGUAAAACGUUUAAUUUUCUGUCCAUGUGCAACAAAUACUCCAGCGUUUUCAUCAUUACAGCCCUGAACAUUGAACGUGUCCUGUCUGUGGCUAAACCAAUAUGGCAUCUAAGGGUCUUCUCUCGACGCAUUUGCUUCUGGAUCUGUUCAGUCAUUUGGUCAGUAACAGUGAUCUUUAGUUUUCCCGUGAUAUAUUUUAGUACUCUCUCUACUAAUGAUGAUGGGAACAGAGAGUGCAAUUGGUUUCAUUUUAGAAGCAGCCAAAGAAAUAUUGAUGAAGAGGAAGAUUAUAUGGCCUAUGGAGAGUACACAACAGUAAUUUUUAUCCCCAACAAUGAAAACGGGGUGCUCCCACAUAUCCGUGAGCAUUGUAAAAUCAGUGACUGCUGUUUUAGUGCAGAAAUACAUGAAUUAUGGAGUAACAGUAUCAUUUUAUCAAAGACUGUUAUAAUCCCAAUGCUCUUGUUUGGCUGUUUUAUCCCUUUUUGUAUUAUUGUGCUUUCCAAUGUCACUAUUGCCAUAAAAGUUAGUAAAUCCCCAACACUAAAGCCUCCAAGACUGUACAAAAUUGUAAUCACCGUGGUCCUGGCUUAUUUCCUAACCUGGACUCCCUAUGUCAUAGGGCUGAUUUUCAUUUUCAAAGCUGUUUUCACCAUGGAUUUCUCUCUGCUUUUUCAAAUAAUUAAGUAUAUACCUCUGCUGGGAAUGAUAGAAAAUAUGAGCAGCUGCCUCAACCCCCUAAUUUAUGUACUGGUUGACCAAAGAGUACGAAUUGCGCUCACGUGUUCUAAAAGAAAGAAGACAAGAGAGAAUUUAACAAGUACCUAAUAAAUCACAGGGAUCGGAAACAUUCCUAGUAAAAACGAGUUAGCUCUACCAGUGCUGGAAAAAUACAGUAAUAGAUUCAGCCCUUUUCAAUAGAACAUUUGCAAAAAAUUUUUAAAGGGAGAGUGCCCCUGACAUUGAUGUUGUGGCCUUCAUAAAAUUAUAUUUUAAUAAAUCAGAUGAGAUUUAAAAUCCCACCUAAUUUUAAGCAACAAUGCUUGUUUAAACUGCAUAAUCUAGUCAAACAAUCAGGACUCUAAGACUUAAGGUGUCCAUAUACGAGGCAAUAAAAGCAAUCGAGUCGGCAGCUUAUUGGCCUGUGUAUGGGGCCCCCCGACGGGCUU